AUGGCUUACUCGCAAGCACAUCGACUACCCCUACCGUUCGAGCCAUCAUUGUCAAAACUGCAUCCUGAGAGCCGCAACGUGUCCUUCGAAGUCGACCACUCAAAACUCAAUCCAAAGUUUGAAGCAUACAAGCUUGUUCAAGAUGACCCCUCUUCCUCAUCAUAUAGCGUACGAUCAUACGGAUUGCCCAGUCGACCACCUCGUCUGACCGAUCUAUACCAAUCCAGUCCUAGUGCAGACAGAAAGGAGGGUAAGCUGACGUUCGCAGGUCUGGGCUAUAAGAAGACUAAGGAACGAGCUCUGCAUCAAGUGCUUGUACCUUCGUCAGGCCGUAGAGACCAGACUGAGCCAUUCGCAGCAUACAUCGAUGCGAAUAAAUUUGUAGUGGUGCUCACUUAUGAUGCGGGUAGGGACAAGGUUGUUGGUCAUCCAGUGCAUCGUCUUUCAGGGGAGGAACAAAGAUUGUCGUCGCUAGCGUCAGUAUGGCCGACAGAGUGGGUGGCUUCGGGUGGUGGGACAGUGGUGCUGAUCAGGCCUCAAAGUAUCUUUGUUGGCGAGAACGGUGGCGUUCGAUGGAUCAGCGAAAGUGAGACAAAGUGGAGGCUACCACUCGUCGAGGACGCGGACAGGGGAGCUACAAUCAAGGCGUGCAAGAGAAUCGAUGGUAAGGCGAGGCUGCUGAUUCAGAGUACGAAGACAGUCGCAGCCUCUGUAUCAGGAAAAGCAGGUAUGCAGGGGCUUGGGUUCCAGAGUGGGGCCUCGCAGCAGACAAAUGAUUCGAAGGCAGCAAAGCCAGGAUCCAGCCAAACUGUGUUCAAAGUGCAGCUGCUCGAGCUUGACGAGAUGACAGAGAAGGAAGAUGACGCGCAAGACACCAAGACUGCUGAACUGCUUUGGAGCAUCGAAGGCGAGGAGCCACUGAUAACGGCCACACUGGGAGAGCAGGAGGUGCUUCUUGGCUCAGAAGCUCCCUUCCACCAGCCAGAGGGCAAGCAGUUCCACGCAGGCAACGCCACAAAUAUGCCACAGCCCAACGAAUCAUUCCCAAUAGCUGCACCAGCCGCUCAAACAACCACAGCAUCGAGAGGCAGACGCAGAGCUCCGCACUUCUCAUGGGCGCAAACAUCCGACACAGUGACUAUCGCCUUCACACUUCCAUCAUGGAUCAACAAGUCUCACAUCCGAGCGCACUUUUCGCUCGGCGCUCUCAGCCUCUCUUUUACUCAAGACGCGCUUGAUCUCCUCGACGCUCCCUCUGCUUCUUCCGCGAAGAUCACUGAGCUUGACACCGGAGCAGCAGCCGAGCAGAAGGAUGAGGAUAAUCUGACACACGCAGCACGGAUGAUCGCAUCAGGUCGAUACGUGUCCCGCCCGACAUGCGCCGAAAUCGAUCCAACGGGGAGUCUGUGGACAGUGGAGAGGGCGAGAGGGAUGAGCGUGUUGACGCUACAUUUGGAGAAGAAGCAUGAAGGGACGCGGUGGAUGCAGGUGUUUGCUAAUCGUACAGGCAGCCAACCCUCACAUCGCAACCGCAUCACUGAAGUUGCAGAAGGAACCAACGUGAGCAACACACAACUGACCUUCAAGCAAGCCAAGGCCAACUUCGAACGCAUGGCUACAGGACAGCACGUCGACCAGCAGCAUAGCGAGGAAGAAGAAGACGAUCCGGAGGACAACGAAGACGACGUACCUGAAACAAUGGAUCCUUCUGAGCUAAUCAAUAUGCUCGAAGGCCUGCAAAAGUACACCGUCGAAGAAGAGUCCCCGGCAGGCAAUGGGUACGGCUUGGAUCGUACAGGCUUCAACCCUUCGAGUGGUGGCACAAGCCUUUCUUUGGACCAGCCCAGUCUGCUCAAAGACAAUUUGGAAGAGGAAGACGCCAACGUAGGACGCAACUUUGUCGUCUCUUCCAUCGCCCGCAACACCACCGGCAAUACUCUGAUCACAUCUUCGAAGGACGAAGAGCUCACACUCCUAGCCACCACCCUUCCCUCUAACGGCCAGAACACAGCAGAGUGUGUUGUGGUUAAACACGAUCUUGAUGGUGCAAUCUUCACCCGUUCUGGACAAAGAUGGGAACACGUUGCUACAAUGCCAGCGCUUGCAUUUGUGCUUGCUUCCAAACACGAUGCUCAACGAGUCUACAUCCAUCGACGUCCAGGUAGAGCUGGAGAAGAGGGGGAAUACGUAGUAUUGGCAUUCGAGAGUGCACCUCGGGUCACUGGUUCAGGUAGUAGCGGUGAGACGAGAGGAGCUGGGAAUCUUUUCUUGUACUAUUCGCCGGCGUCAGACAACGCAAAACAUGCGAGCUCGAGGGUGUUGAGGCUCGGUGCUACCACCGCUGAUGAGACUGACGAAGGAGGAGAAAGUGCCAGUGGAGCGCUACUUGGCGUAUGUGCCGUUCAUCUCGGUCGGGAUGAGGGACAAACACUCGUUGGUUUGUGCGAGAAUAGGAUGCUUCUGCUCCAAGGUCUGUUGUAG